AUGACAAGCAGCGACCUUCCCGGCCAUGUUGUCGACCAGAAUAGCAGCCACAGCAGAAGCGACGACCAUGGCAGCAGCAGCCGGCAGAUCCUGUUGGUGGAUGCGCAACAACCACAGUAUAUUCCUGAUAUUGAUCAUCCUCCAAUACAACAACAAUCACUGGAUCAAGUAGUACCAGUAGUAAUGCCACCACCCUUUCAAGAACGACCGAGAAGGCAUUCGACAUGUCCAGGCGAUGAUCCACUGUUAGGUCGUCUGCGACCGCCUCGACGACCAACCGUCAUUCCGACUCCCACAGACUCGAGUACCCGGACGGAAAGUAGCAGCUGCUUGACUACAAAUACUAACAACAACAACAACAAUAGCAAUAGCAGCCACCAUCGUCGUCUGAGCAAAGUGAGUCUGACCAGUACAAACGCCUCAACAACACAACAACAACAACAACGCACCGCAGCCAAAAAACGACGGAGUUCUUUGGAGUUGCGCAAGUUGCCCGUGCCGUCGGUCCUCUUUUCAAACAAUCAUCAUAAUAAUCCAUCCGAGUGCACCGAAUUGCACGAAGACGAUUCCGUGGUCGUCGUCUCGGCACAUGUACACCCCAUUCAUCAUCAUCAUCGAAACAACAAUCACAAUCACAACAACAAGGACCGUCCUUCCCACGCCACAACGACCCGUAGCAGUGGUGUUUCGGCGGAGCAGCACACUGCUCCGGGAGACAACGCGUCACAAAGGUGGUGUUGCAACUUUUCCGCCUUUUUACGACGGACGUGUCUCAAUUCCAAUUUCAACUUGCGAACGCAAAUGAUGCUCUCUUUUGGUGUGGUCAGUGCCUGUUCCAUUCUACUGGUCGUCCUCGUCUGCAUUGUCGUCUCGGUCAUGUGUGGAGCACAAGUACAACAAAUCACACAACAGUCCUUUUCGGAUUUGAUUCGAUCCAAAGAAGGCACCACAGCGCGGUAUCUCGCCGAAGGCUUGACGUUGCGACUCUUGCCAUUGGAUCUCGUACAGGUCCUCUACGAGGCCACGAGAGAUCGAUUUGCCGGGUAUCCCACGUACGAGGAUGACUCAAAGGUGCCCUUUUUCGAUAUGAUAUCCCAGACCGGUCGAUAUCCCAUUCGAGGACCCCCCUUGCCACUGGAUUGGCAUAUUACUACAACCGGUGGUAAUGUCAAUGCCACCACGGCGCAGGAACACGUCCAGUCACGAUACCAGUGGUAUCAACAAGAUGCACCGCUCAGUACGGAAAAUGCCGUCUUUUUCAUGCAGGGAGCCUGCAAUCCCAAUGCCACACUCGGCGAGUCUGCCUAUUGGGACGACUGUUCCGAUGCCAACAAUGACGUGUCGACGGGAGGCAAACUCACGCCGACCACCACGGCACAACAAAUAUACACCAAAUCGGCCGACCUGGCACCGUUACUCAAAUCACUGUACGAAUUCUAUUUGGAUGUCAAGGAGAUUGGUAUUUACUUUUUCAAUUCUGGUGCAGGCGCGGUAAUGGUCUUUCCCCAUUACGCCCUCAACACAUCCACGUCCUAUCAAUCCAUUGGAUGCGAUUGGUUACUGUCACCACAUCCCUACGACAGGUCACGGCGGAUUGGAUCGCUUCAAGAUCAUGUCCGAUGCGAAUCGAGAGGCGUCCAUGUCGAUGGCACUGUGGUAUCGACACGACUCUAUUCGCCCAUGGAUCGCGCGUGGUGUCGCAAUCAAGCCAUGCGUCCCGACGAAAUCAUUUCCUACGGUCCCUACCAAUCGGCAUGGCACGAACGAGAUUGGCUCAUGUCGAUUGGACGGGCCGUAUACGAUCGUGUCACGAAGGAAUUCAUUGGUUGCAUUAGUAUUGAUUAUGGAUUGGAUGCCGUCGAACAGGCCGUCAAUGAAGGCAAGGUCACGGGAAAUAGUCAAGUCACGUUGGUGAGAUUUGAUGAGGACGGAACGGUGGUGGCAUCGUCGGCAUGGAACAGUACCGCAUCGUCUCAUACGGUCCAUGUCGAUGAAUUGAACGUGGGCGUGUCAAAAGAGUCAUUUGCACGGCUCAAGGAAUUGGUGGAUUAUGACGGCACCACCAGCAGUAGCCAGUGGAAUUCGUACCACGUGCGGCAAGAAUACGAAAAUUUUCAUGUCGAAGCCGAUGGGUAUCUGGUGUCCGCCUAUCCCAUUCCCCAUCCACCCGAAGAGUACGAUCCAUCCUAUCGUCCAGAGUUCUUUGCCAUUAGUUCUCUCUCCAAAAGUGACAUUGCCUGGGAGGUGGAAGAUGUCAGUGAAUCCGUCUCGGAAACGGUAUCGGGGCUGGUGUCGUUGAGCUUGAUUGUCGGGCUGGCAGGACUGGCUGCUGUGGUGCUCUUUAUCUUUGUAGUCUCCCACGCUAUUACCUUGCCACUCAAGUACAUGAACGAUGUCUCGUCCGACAUUGUCAAUACGUUUGGCGGUCACAAAGAAGAUGGGAUUGAAAUGUCACACACUACAUUGGAUUCCAAGUGCACACCGAAGACAGAGCUCAAUGAUGUUGUCAAGCAGUUUCAAAAAAUGGUGGCGCGGUUCAGUGGGUCUGCCAUGGCACGGACAAUGCAAGUGCAUGUCAACGAAAUUGACAACCAAUUAUCGUUGGAAGGCAACUAUGCUGAUUUGUACCUGGGACGUGACAGCGCAGACUUUCGAUACACGUACAAGACCAGGAACAGAUCGCUGUCCAAGACGAUGGAAGAGGACAAGUUCUCCAAAAAGACGGAAGAAGACAAGUUUUCCAAAAAGAUGGAGGAAUACAAGGAGAAGGACCAGCCAGAUGAAGAUUCUCCUGAGAAGGUGUUGCAACGGAUCCACUUUGGAUCUGUCAUCAACGACGGAAACAAGUCCGAGGCAACAACCUUUCGAACCGCCGAUGGAAAAUGGGGAAAUGGGAAUAGUCUGACAUCACCCCUGUUCUUUUGGAUUGUGGCGUUGAUCGUCCUGCCACUCCUAAUUACAACAGUGUCUCUGUCAACCUUUGUGACUUACAGCAUCUCCCAAGGGCUGUUUGGCAUUAUUCAGGAAACGCAAUAUGCACACAUUGAAAUUAAUGAUUAUGCGCUGUUGGUUCAAGCCGAAUCGAGGGCAACCUAUGCCGCCUUGGCCAUGAGACAGUCGAUACGAGAUAACUUCCUCUUGAUGCGGUAUUCCUCCUGGUUGAUCUUCGAUGGACUGGAGAGGACUGAUUCGUAUACUGAAAUGAUUGGUGGUACAGAUGAGUGCAAAGCGUACCGAGUUGUGGAGCAGUGCCCGGCAUAUGGCGAUUACCACUGUGACUGCAAAUGGAAUGACCGCUUUGGCAAGCAGGGGUCUUGUGACAACUACGAAGUGGAUACCCGGUAUCUGCAGAAAUCAGUGUUUUAUGGUCUUUCAGAAAAUGUUCUUCCCACCGGAGACCGCCCCAGCACCCCCCUGUACAAUUACUCGAGAUCUCCAGAGGAAACACAGUGGUGGAAUGACACGAUGAACCUCCCAGGUUCUCAUAAGGGUGCCAACGCAUCUGGCUAUGAAACAACCUACGAUAGAAUGCGCGUAGGUUCGGCGUUCCCUUUGUUUCACACUUUCUAUAACGCUGAUAUGCACAGGGGGAGCUUCCAGCAUGCAGCCUUGUUCUAUGAAGCAGACGGACUGGCAAUUGGGUAUGGAGGCUGUUCACCAGACACUCUGCUCCUGUCUCGGUGGUCGUCUACUGAAUCCAAUGGAGCUGCCAGCCUCCGCCCAGAGCUUUGUCCCCUGGGUAAAUUCGGCUACGAUCCCAGAUGUCGCGCAUGGUAUGACGAAGGGAGACGGCUGGCCUUGGAGAACAACACGGGCCUUUACGUCACUCCGCCAUACCAUUUUGCUAAAGUUGGUGAUUUCUAUGGCCAGACGGCCACGAGUCCCCUUAUCGAUCCCAGGACAGGCGAGCACGUGGGACAAACACUCGUUGAUUUCCUGUCGUUGGUGAUCUUCGAGGCUUUAAAGAACAAGAACACGCCCCUUACAGAUGGUGGGUUCCCGGUUGUGAUCACGGGCAUGUCAGAUUGGUCAGGCGCCGACACCGUCAUUGGCCCGGGUUGGUCCCUCGUGGAGAAUUCUUCGGCGCCCAUCGGUGAUAUCCUUUUGCCCCAUGAUGCUCCUAUGUGUACCACCCCCCACGAGAAGUGUGAACGGAGGGCAGCAUUUGAAGAAAUCCGACGUCGCAUGAAGAAUGGUGAAUCUGGGAACGGACACUUUGUAAGGACGAGAGCAGAUGGUACCAACGAACCAAUCCAUCUUGCGUUCGCUCCAGUCAGGGCCAAAGUGAUCACGCCUGUGAACAGUUCCGUUUUUGCUCGAGGGAUUGAUGUGUCCGACUUUCUUGUGUAUUCCCUUGCGCUAGUAGAACCGGAGGAGAGCCUGUUGAAACCUUUCGAAGACGUGGAAGCCCAGGUGCACAAGCAGAUUAUCAUCGCCAUUGUGGUUUUGGCGUUGGUAAUCGUUAUCUCCACGGCGUUUGUUCUUUAUAUUUCGAAUCGGUUAACCUUGUCCAUGACCGAACCCAUGAUAUAUCUGCUACAGCUGAUUGUGCAUCUGAAUCGGUCGAAUGUUGACGGGAGUCCUCCAGGUGUGGAUGUUGAUAAGGGAUAUGGAUCUCGUGAGAUUGUCAACGUUGUAGGCUCGAUUGAAACACUGUACAGAAUCGUCCAAGCUGCGAAUGUUGCAUUUUAUGCUGGAGACAUCGAGAAGGCUUAUUUUGUCCUGGCGGAUGCUGCUAGACUCUUCAGGCGUCUUGAGAACAGUAAGGCGGAAGGGGUCGCCAACAAUAACCUUGGCAACACAAUGCUAGUAUUCAUUCGGACUAUGGAUGACACAGGUACAGAGCAUGUCUGUGGAUUCAAGAAACGGGAAGUGAUUGGAAAAGGCAUGGGAUACUAUCAUCGUGCUAUUCAGCUGGGCGAGAAGGCAUAUGACAGGUUCUAUGAAGAGGAGGGCUGGUCUCCAAGCUGUUUGGAGUUUAUGCAGCACCUGUCCAACCGAUAUUUCAACCGAGCCAUGUUUCUAUUGACGGUGAAAGAUUCACAUGAAAGACCAGCAGAGUUAGAAGAACUUGGUUUGAGGGACCUUCAGAUUGCAACAGAUAUGGAUGUUGAGAUUGUUGACCAAGGAACUGAAACUGGUUGGGAUGUCAGAGGUGCCGACAAGCUCUUUGAUGUCAUUCUGUCCAGAGUUCGAGGCCAUCUGUUGCUCCUAGAAAUGGGUUACGAGGACAAAUGGGAUGUGGAUGAGCUGUUGGACAAUGCGUUUGACCUUGUGAAAAGAGAACUGAACUCGUCCAACCCUGGGGCGUCGCCUCUGUUCAAAGAAUUUUGCCCAGCGGGACGCAUGCAGCAAAUUGAAACAGAGUUGAUGAAGUACAAAAUGAUCAAGGGAGACGUUGAAUGUGCUGCUAAGAUUGCCAUCCGCAUGUUGGUUGAAGACGAAAAGACGAUUCAGUCGGCACAGUUAAAAGCCGUGGAAGUGCUCGUUAUCCACGCAAAGAGAGAACUGGCAGAGUCGAACGUACGCAGUCCAUCGCAGCUUCAGUCAAUACGGGAACUCGAGGACUACCAGGAUUGGCUCCAGAUGGCCAGCAACGAACGCGACAGGCGCAGUACAUGUGGAUGGGAAGAUGAUGCAUUACCAGAAACUCUGAAGAAGUCUGUUCGCAAGAUCAUGUCGGAUUCUGAAAGAGGAUCGAAGAAUGCAGGCAAAAGAAAAGAGGAUAUGAAGCUUUCUUCUCUCCGUGCUAGCACCAGAGGCGACGACGACGAUGCCUCGAUCAAACCCCGUGUUGACGAUGGUUCUGCAGCCGGCUCCACUAGAGACAACAAUGCGGAGGACGAGGCCAGAUUCGAUCUUGUCGACCGUGGCUUUGAUGAUGUCGAGAAAAGGGAUUAUUACAACGAAGACUUUUCUGCGGAAUUCGAGGACAUCUCUGUGGAAGUCGAGGGCGAAUCGAAUCAGCUGGUGCCUCUGUCGACUUCGAGCUGUGGGACGCAUAUGCCGAGGUGCAUUGGAUCACAUUCGAGUUACCCGACCGACUUUGGUACAAACGACGAUUCAAUGCAUUCCAGAGAGUAA